UAGAGAAUUGCAACAGUAGUGGAACACAGCAGCAUUACAGCCUCCUGCUGUCAAGUACCUGUGGAUCCUGCAUGAGGAGUGAGCAAUGCUUUCCUCAAAGCUGUUGUCAUACACUAAGGGGCAUCUCAGAGCAUCAGCGACGCUACCACUAGACUCAGCCCUGACACCACGAAGAUCCAGGACCACCCAGGUCAUGCUGCCAUGUUCACUGCUCAUCGGAAAAGGUUUUCUUAUUGCUGGGAUUGUAUCUGAUCACAGAAUGACAAGAUCUUAGAGGCUGAAAAGGACCUCCAGAGAUCAUCGAGUCCAACCCCCCUGCCAAAAGCAGAAUCACCUAGGGUAGUCCGCACAGGAAUGCAUCUAGUGGUUAUAUCUUAACCACCCCUGACAGUACUUCACAUCACCAGAAGACUCCACAGUGACUGGUGUCUGUAUGGUCCAGAGCAAUGCCAAGAGGUUAAUGAGGGUCCUAAACUCAACAAAGCCAAGCUGGAAAAAUUAAGGAGUGGAUCACCUGGACAGUUUUGCUACCUGCCUGGCUUUCAUGGUUAAGCAGCAAGCUUCCAAGUGGCUACAAAAAUCCAGUGCUUGAGUCUUGGUGAAUGGACUUUGUACAGAAAUAGUCUCCAGGCUCCUCUAUGUAAUACACUUAUGGCUGCAGUCUCAGGCAACGGACUUCAAGAGCUAAGGUUUCUGGGCUGCGCUUUCUCAAACACUGGAACUUCAGAAGAGGUAGAUCCAUUAUCCAAAUACAUGAGUUCUCUGCAGCUGAUCCCAAAUCCAGCAAACUCAAGAGGAGACCAUACAUGUAGAUCAGACAUACCAGCUGCUCCGUGCAGGCAUGGCUUCAAUGAAACUGGAAGAGCCACAUCACACAAGAAGUUAUUCUAUACAGAGGUCCUCUUGGAGAGUUUCUCAGAAGCAUGAUACUACCCAAAAGCGACUUACUCAUGGUAACUUCUUGCUGACAGAAGUCUUUCCAGCAUUUCACCUUGCCUCCCCAGCUGAUCAUGUAUCAUGGUUGAAUUCACCUGACUCAGCUUCUCCAGUUUGAGUUGCAGACUAAGCUGCUCAUCGAGGUUCCCUGUACAGUCAUCGCGGAUCAAGACAUGUCGUGUCACCAAAGACAGCUGAUGUUAAUGAGGCAUUCACAGAUUACACACAGUAACUUCUCCAUGGACAGGAUGGACUGGGACCAGUGGUAUAAUUCUUAGCACAAAACUGAGUUGUACCUAGCUAGAACACAACCCGGAUGUGUAACUGUUUUGAAAUGAUCAAAGGCAACGCUGGAAAAAUGCUGUCCUGUCACUUCUCAGCUGCCACAAUGUUGAUCUUGUCAGGCUUGUUUGGUUUUUCUUAAGCAAUCAGAUCUCCCACUGGCCAUCAAAGAAUGCCAAGCUGCGAUGUAGCACAUGGGCUGACAGAAGAGCUGUGGUUGUGAUCGUUUGCUACCUUCUAUGUUUUCUGCAUAAUUGUACAUUAAAGUGUAACAGGACCACCUGGAAACCUACACAGAAAGGAGUGCUAAGAGAGUGGAUGGACAUUGCUGCCCAUUUUUGGCAAGAAUCUGCUACUUUAGUGAAAAAGCAAUAUGAGAACAGUCUUGAGCAACUUAUACCAAGAUUGGCAGUUCCCAUCCAGAGCUAAAGGGGAAGAACUAAGUAAAACCCAAGUGUUCGCCAAAGGUACAAAGAUGUGAUCUGAGCUCUGCCUUCUGCCAUCACUGAGCACCUCAACAUCUCUCCUGAAUUGAGGAGCCAAGAACUGGACACAGUGUUCAAGGUGUGGCCUGACCAGUGCUGAGUACAGGGGAAGAAUCCUCAUGAUAGCUUUUCCUUUUGAGGGCUAUUUUCAUCAAGAAUUGUAUUAGCCUGUAAUCCAGUUCUUCUCAUCAAAACAUUCUAGCCUGCUUCAAACUAGCACACUAGUGAAGUGUGUGUUAACAUUACCCUCGUUCCUCUCUGUAAUCUUAAAGUAUGAUCAGAUCACCUCAUGCUUGGCCUGCUAGAAAUGGAUGCUGGAGUCUGACAAAUGCCCUUUUAUCUGGAUUUUGGCAGGGGGUGUAUGCACAUCUGAGCCCUUCCACCUGCAGCUGCUGCCAGCAGACUCUACAGGACUGCAGCUCCUGCCCUUUCUGUGCUGUCAUAUUCACCUCUAUACCUGUGGCAGUUCGUAAGCAGCGCAGUCACGGUGGAUCUGAUGAUGUGGACCCAAAAAUCAACAAUGGUAUCCUACAGAGCCUACCUCUUCAUUCUCAACAAAAUGCUGCUAAGCUUGUGAAUAAUCACAGAGGGACAGGAGGAAACGCUCCAACAAGUCCAAAUCUGAUUCCAGUCCACAUGCUCUGGCAAAGGAGGGAGCAGGAAAAGCUUACUCUCUUUUUGCUGGUCUCCAUGAAGAGUAGAUUUAUCUGGACAAUACUCUCAGCCUGGGUGCAACUACCUGCUAUUUUACCCCUGCUGCACAAGAUUUUGGAGAAAGCAUCAUGCUGGUCCUGGCAGGCCAGGAACUCUAGCCACCUGUUUUUGUAUAUUUUCUGGAAGGGAGAAGAAGAUGGACUCCUGUUGUACAAAAAUAAAUUGUGCAGUUUGUGGUGACUUUAUUAAAGAUGAGUAAUUUUUAAAGCUAGCGGUGAGAUAUAAAUGUUUAGCACAAGAGCCUCUUUCUUAUGGAAGCCCUGAAUAAGGACAGGCCUGUUUUAAACUGUAGAUUCACAGAGAGAGAAGGAGUAAAAUAUUUAAAAAUAUUAACUGCAUAGUCUGGUCAAUGAAAGUGUUAAAAUCAGAUUAAAAUCUGUCCUAUACAAGCUUCUCAGUCCCUGGCAACUGCAAACCUAGUGAACCUAUGGUAUGAGCUUCCAUGUAUUUCAGUGAGGCUGGUCUCUCUGGAGUGAGUGUAAUAAUACAAUUCACAUUGCUAGAAGAAGAAAGAAUAUAUCCCUUAAAGGGUAUUUUGAGAGCUUAAUACAAGGGCCUCAUUAACUGGCACACCUAAGCCUAUUUCAAGGGCCUUCUAAAUAAUCAAUAGCCUUAAGCAUAUGCUACAUUUCAUGCUACUUAAAACACAAGCAUAUGAAAUAAUCCAAGUGUUUCUCUGAUAGAAAUCUCUAUCUGAUUAUUAGUUUUCUUUUUAAUUUCAGUCUAUGAGAACUGUUCAUUUCUUGCUUAACUGCAUGACUUAGGGUCAACUGGACUGAGAAAAGAUAAAAGAUUCCUUCAUAAUUAACUGAUGUUAUCAAAGCCCAAACACAAAGCCAAGUAUUCUGAAAAAUCAAGUCAUCCAGUUUAGUCCUGCAGUGCUGUCUCUAACCUCUCCACCUAAGGAGGGAGAUACUGAGAUACCUCUGUUUUAGAGCUCAGGUACCAAGGAAAUACAGCACUCUUACUGUUCACCUAUAUGGCAGAUAAGGUUAAAAAAAAGUAUUAUUUGUAAUCCUCUAAAAGAUAAGUUAUUAGUUUCCUGCUUUUGAUUGUUCUAUCAAAAUUAUUUUAUUUAUAUGAAAAAAAUGUUUGAUUUGUGUUUCAAUACAUAUUUUUUCUUUACCAUUCUUAUCCCAGUCCUGCAAAGCUCUUGUUUUUCUUUUUAUGACAAUAUAAAUGCUGAAAGUAAUAAUGAAAUGCUCAUAAGUGCUGUCUUACUUUAAAUCUGACCCUUAAUUUAUCUACUUGCAGCAUCUCAAGAAAACAAUUAAAAUUAUGAGAGUGAUUUUUUUCCACUCAUUCCAUACAUGAUUAUAACCCAAAUAGACUAUUUCAUGAAAUGUGGCUUGCAGGAUUCUGCCACUGCCCUGAAGUGUAAGCUGGGAAUAGGAUCAGAAAGGCUAAUCUCUUGACCAAGUUUUCCUAUAAUGACAGUAGGAAGGGCUGAGGUUUUGUGGGCCUUUUUUUUAAGCUUUGUGGAAGUAUGAAACUGUACCAUUUAGACACUUCUGAGUUACACGACUAACAGACAGUCUUGUCUGGUGCCUUAAAUUAACGUCUUGUCCUUUCUUACAUAGAUCAGAAGUUGAAGUAUCGCACGUCUCAUGUGCACAGCACUCAGCUCUCAGUAUGAGCUCUUCUGAGAUCCUUAUCUCUAAACCAGUUUUUCUUCAAAGUCAUAAACAUCUGGAAAUUGUGCACUAUUGCUGUAGAAGUCAAAUACUGGAGUCCUUAUUUGAUCUUGCAGGAAACAUUCCCAUUGCUUUCUUCUGUUAUGUAGGUGCCACAGGAUUUGCCUUUCUAGUUGACAGAUUCUUUUCUUAGGUAACUGGGAAUCAGUCAGACAAAGAUAAAUUAUUAGGUCUUUUUGUGCCAGCGGCAUUCUUUAACUGAUUAAAUUUGAAAAUAUUCAUGAGACAGUAGGUGGCUUUAUAUUGAGAUAAAGAUGCUACAAGAUAAAAGCUCAUUUGUCCUUACUGGACAUAAAGUGCCCAGUGUCAUCCAGGCUUUACCUGUCUUAGAAAGCUGUGGGCCAUUAUGAAAUCCAAAUUAUUGAGCAUACCUCUGGCUGUGGGUAAGCCAUAUGCCGAACAAUGUUUUGCCUUUGACUGGCUAAGCAAAAGAAAUAAACAAACAGGUUAGGUAUACAGUGAUUUCUUCCUCAGGAAGCCUUUGCAGCAUCUGAUAGUAACAGGCUUUGAGACUCCCUAAGUUGUUUUGUAAGGCACAAACACUCAAUACUAUCACAUAAUUGAGAUAUUAAUAUUUUUUUCCCAAAGAGGAAGAUCUUGAUUCAUCUGAAUGCAGUGAGACUUGAGUUUAGCCUGGUCCCUAACAAUGGAAAUUUCCAUAGCAGCUUCAUACAAUUAGGUUUGCAUAGAAGACUCUCAUGUGUGACCAGAGCUCAGCUUUAAAAGGAAGAGCUUUAAAGGAGUACUGGAAAAAUGCACCGUUUCUUACCGAUUUCCUCAUUUUCUCUGUUAGUACUAUCAAGUGAUCUAGGUAGCUUCAUAAGAAAUCAAAUUUAGAACUUUUUAUUUAAUUUGUCAAAAAACCCCAAACCAACCAAAAAACAAUGGUCUGUGUUAUGCCCUGAUUAAUCUUUAGAACUAGGUAAUAUAGUUCCUCACAUCUGGCCUUAUCAUUAAAACUGUGUUCCUAUCAAAGCAGAGUGUCUGGUCUUCCCUAAUAACAUUUUGUUUGGUGUUCCUCAUUCAGAGAGACUCAGGAAGGAAUGAGCAUAUGCUGGAUUUUUCAUGGAAAAUUAUAACACACUGCUGUUAUCAGUGGCUACUGCUGAGCAGCGCUCACACAGCACCAAGGCUGUGCUUUGGCAACAUUCCUCCCACCACAGAAAAGAACAAUUCUGACCAGGUCUAGUUCUGAACACUCAACUACAGAAUUUCCUUGGCAGCUUUGUGCCUGAAGGAUAUAAUCCCAUGCAUGGAGCAAGAGUUGCUGCAGAAGCUGGAGGCCUGUUAAGAGCAUCUCAUAAACAGGGGGACCAGCAGCAGCAUACAUCAGACCUGCUCCUGCAGAGAAUUCCUCACUGCUCUUAUCAGACCCCAGCAAAGUGGCAAGAUAAUCUAUCCCCAUGUCUUAAAGUGGGGGAGAUAUGGAGUGGAGAGAUUGUGUUUACUGAUGGAGGAGAAGGAGCAAGCCAUCAUAAGCUCCACGCUUUGACACCGCCGAUGUGCAGGAAUGCCGCAUACCACCCUGUCAGCAUUGCACCAUACUUUCAGACUUCUCACAGUUUUCCAAUACCAGGACUCACAGCUUCCUUCCACGGAAAUCAAACCUUCUUUGGCCUCCCCAUCACUUCUGUGGCAACCAGAGCUUUCAGCUAGACAGAGAUCAAACCUCCAGUGGAGUCCAGCUAGGUGGGGAAACAAGUUUCAUGAGAAGAUAAUUCAAGCAGAAGCCAUUUUACCAGCUCAGGUCGAAGAGACCCUCUGCCACUUUUAAAAGACAAGUCUAAGAAAAAGUCACUUCCUUUCACAUUUUAAUAAAUAAAUCUGGCAUCAUAAUGCUGACACAGGAAAUAAUACUGAGACAGGUGCCUUAAACAUAUUUCAUUGUAUGAAACAAAACUUGAGAGAAUAUCCCACAGACAACUGAAUGAGCAGGAAGAAGAUGCACAUGUGACUUCAACUCCCACAAUGCUCUUGAAUAAUGCUUAAUAUACUGUAAUUGGUUAUAAGCAAAAGGAAUAUAGUGAAAGCACAUCAAGUACUAUUAGCUGUCUUCUAAUGAGACAUAGCAGGUGGAAAUAUAGAGAGGAGUGAGGUUGCAGUUCACCACAGAGCACCACAGACCACAGAAACCUUCUGUCAGGGAGGAUUAAUUCUGUAAAGCUGAAUUACCUCCCUGAUAUUCAGUAUAGCCAAAGCUACACUCCCAGAAAUUAUGAAUGAGACCCCCCAGAAUCCUGAGACUAGCUUUGAAGUGAGAUUUAAGAAAAACAUGACUGUUUUAUUUCCUUUCUGGGUGUUCAGCCUCUGGGACUAGCAUUUACAAAUUAGAAACUGAGACUUGCAUAUGCUUCGAGGACUGAGGCGAGAAGAAAAACUUUGACCCUCAUAAGAGAUGUGAUAAAGUCAUCCUAAUUGGCAGUGCUGUUGAUAUUGUACAGUUUGGCCCUAUCCCUCCAGCUGCUGACCUGACAAAUUUUCCUGGUCUCUAUUGGUGAUGAUGUUUCGUCUUAGAAGAUUCCUACAACUCUGCACAACUUUUCUGAACUCAAUGUUUAGAGUUUAUGCCACAGUAAACUGAGCUCAACCCUGUGCAGGCUGAUCAGCCAAGGAGCCAAUAUCAAUAGCUUUUUCACAGUUUUGUUGGCCCCAGCAGUGCCAAAUAUACCAAAGAAGAUAGAAAUCUGAGACAUAUAAUAUUUUUCUUAAAAGAGAGCUAAUUUUCUCAACAUCUAAUUGAAUUCUUUAGUAGUUUCACUAAAAAGUCUUGUGCUGGUUUCAGCUCAACGUUUAAUGAAUACUGAUUUUUUUAAAAGAAACUGUUCAUUUGCAUUAAAAAUUUACUUCCCCACAUUCCCCAAAGUAUCAAAAGAAAUUGAAUGUUAGAUUUAUAAUUAAUGUGGUUUGGAUUUUAAAAGAAUUUUUUUACAGCAAAGAACAUUUCCAUAAAUCAUGUCCAUGAUUGAAAAAACAUGGUCAUAACUGAAGACAAAACUGCUUCAUUUUGCAUCUGUUUCACAUAUAUAAAUGUGUCAGGUUUACAUAAAACACACUGAUAAAGAUGAGGAAGAAGGGAAGAAAAUGAUAAAAAUAACCUAGGUUGUAUCAGUAACACCUCCUUUAUUAUAAUUCUUACUGAUACUAUUGUGGCCAAAAUCACUACUUUUCUUGCCUGGUUCAGUCACUUAAGCUGUUAAAACAUGAAAAGAAGUACAACUCUUAUGGAAUUAAACUUAGCUCAACCCUAGAAAAAAAGCUGUUGUGCACAACAUGUUGUUACCUUACCACUUACAGAUAACAGCCCUAACUUAGUUCAUCACAGAAGUGACUUCUUCCUCAUCACAAAGCUUUGAUUGUUGGCAGGGCAAUGCCCAUCCACAGGAGAGGAUUUGCCCAGCGCUCCCAUAACACAGCAGAACUGAAGUAGCCUGCCAACAGAACCACUUAUCACGUGCAAUGUCCUACUUGUAGUAUUACUCCACAGCAUAACAUAUGUCUUGCAAAUAAAUUACUUUGCUCCCUAGUUGGCCAAGAAUCUGCUGUUAAUAAAAAAAGAAACUCUAA